AUGGAAGCUCAGGAAGACGACGAUGAUCUCAAGCUCGCCAAGGCGUCUGCUGGGCUGCUUUCCGACCUCGAAAGAGACCUGCCAAAGAUCCUGUGGAAAGCGACGUCUCAGAAUGGUCGCAAACGAGCUCACACGCAAGUGAAGAGUCGCGAUCUCGACCGUAUAAUCAGCUAUAUUGAGCCAUUCCAAGGCGAACCGCAAUUGCUCGACGCAAAACUAAAAUCUGUCCUCCCGCCGAUUGUAGAUGCAUACUUGGACUAUCUCCAGCAAAGCAAGUCGAAAGGAGACCUCAAGCAUAUCGAUUUUCAGACGGCAAUAUGCACUCUGCUGUAUACUCUCUGCAAAGUGCGAGGCUACAAGAUUGUUGUGGGCUUUCUCACCAAUGAGCCGCGAUAUCUUGAACCUAUCCUUGAGGCGGUCGAGCGGACGGUCUUCACAUCCGACGCACCAGAAGUGCAAUGGCAAGUACCAUAUGUUCUUCUGUUGUGGCUCUCCCAUCUUUUGCUUACGCCAUUCGACCUUGACUCAAUCUCCRCAAUACCCGGUCCGGUAUAUGAUGAUGAACAAGACGUCUCGUUCACCCAGCAGCUUCCUCCAUUGAUUCUGCGGAUCUUGCGGAUCGGAUUACAAUACCUGCAUACUCCGACAAAAGCACAAGAUGCAGCUGCGGCAAUGCUAGUAAGGCUAUCAACGAGACCUGACGUGCAGAAGUUCCGGCUGGCCGACUCACUCGUCAAKGAUCGCUUGCCAAAGUUAGAGAGCGCUGCCGCUGAGAUGCCGAACAUGUAUGAGAUGCUAGGUAGUCUUCGAUAUGUCGCUGGGUUGGCAUCUUCCGCGGAGCUCAGCCAUCUCAUACCCAGCAUCUACCGAACUUGCGAGAAGACGUUUGACGAGAACGACACUUCGACGUUGUCAUCCAAUGCUGUGGCCAAGAAACUGAUCGUCAAGAUCUUUCGCAAUAUUGCCAUUCUCUCCCUCCGUUCUGCCAACGCGGAUGGGCCGCUGGCGAGCUUUUUGCAAACGACUGGUGUGCUGGAGAAUGUCAUUGACUACCUGCUGCGGUCGCUGGGAGACAAAGACACUCCAGUUCGUUAUGCCGCAGCCAAAGCUAUCAGCUUGAUCGUACUUGAGCUGGAGCCAGAAAUGGCGCAUGAAGUAAUCCAGGCUCUGCUGGACUCCUUUAAAGAAGACAUGCCAAGAUCUGCGCAUGCUGCAGACUUCACCACCGCGAAUCCGCUGAAGUGGCAUGGACUUACCCUUGCACUCUCGCACACACUCUUCAAGCGUUCAGCUUCUCCAGCACAAUUACCUGAUAUCCUCAACGCUCUGAUCUCCGCCCUCCAAUUUCAACAGCGCACGGCCACAGGAAGCACCCUCGGCACAAACGUUCGCGAUGCUGCAAACUUCGGCAUCUGGUCUCUUGCAAGACGGUAUACCACCGCUGAACUCCUUCCAGUAAAGGCAAAUAUCUUGCAAAACAGCCGUCUGAAUGGACCCGACGUGUCUGUAGUUCAGCUUUUGGCAACGCAGCUCAUUCUGUCGGCCUGUUUGGACCCAGCCGGCAACAUUCGUCGAGGUUCUUCGGCAGCAUUUCAAGAACUGGUGGGUCGACAUCCGGAUCAGGUGUAUGAGGGUAUUGCUCUUGUUCAGAUUGUGGACUACCAAGCAGUGAGCCUGCGUAAUCGCGCGAUGAUAGGUGUUGCCAAUAGUGCCGCAGCAUUUCACACGAUGUACUGGCAAAAUCUGCUAGAGGGUCUAUUCGGCUGGAGAGGACUUGGUUCAUCGGACGUACUCUCUCGAGAAAGUGCUGCGGCUUCUAUCGCGAAUCUGUCGGCAAGUCUUACUUCCAACAAAAGUGGAGACGUCCUGCGAAGAGUCAGAAACGACCUCGUGGAAUGUCCAUUGCAGGAGGUAGAGAGCCUACAUGGUUUGACCUCUGUGGCAGCGAGCAUUCUAAGGCACAAAGUCGACCUUGGAGCAGCCCAUCAGCAGUCCACAGAUACCGUUCUGGCGGAGUUGCUCCCAUUACUCGGCCGCCUGGAGGCUGCGCUCAAGGAUUUCCACCCAAGGUUGCUCAAAUCUGAGCUCCCGGCUUCUCUCGCCCAACUCACUACCGCGGUGUGUGAUUUGGCGUUGCAGUCAAGGAAUGAUGGCGUCUCCAUGAUCAAAAGCAUACCUUUUGAUGCAGUCGACACAAUUGUUGACCGAUUACUCUACCGACGGGAAGACUCAAUCUUGGAAGCUGUCCCACAGCUUGUGACAUCGAUCAUGGGACUCGAACGGGCUUACGACGUACCUCUCGGCUGCAUCGAAGCUCAGACACUUGCAAAUAGAGUCGCUGUGGAUGGCUCAAAGGCCACGCUUCACAKUGUUGGGAGAGCUCUUGCGCUUGGCGCUCUUGCUUCCAGCUAUGAAUCUUUGGGGUUGACAGGCCCCAAGGCGAUGGCAGCAAUAUCACCGCUGAUUAAUCUCAUGGGUGCUGUGAAUGUAGACUGGCGCAUCGUCGGUGCAAGAGCGUUGCAGCUUGUCGCGAGUAGCGUCYCAAGCGGGGGAAGUGUCAACGCAGAAGUGGUCCAAUUGAUCAUUACCGCCAUCCACCGUGGACUCAACGACUACACAAUCGAUGAGCGUGGCGACAUCGGAUCUCUUGUCAGGUUGCAGUCCCUCACCUGUGCUUCUACAAUACUGGCUAGUCCUACUUUCCGAUCGCACGGCGAACUUGUCCAGACUUUGGAGGGCGAUGUUUAUCGCUUGUCGCUUGAGAAGUUGGACCGAGUCCGUUUGCAAGCCGCGCAAUGUCGCGCAAACCAUCUUGAUCUAGCACACGUCGCCAUGACGGACGUCGCCAGCGUUUCUUCAAGGGACUACUUUCAGGUCGCUUUGCUUCCCCUAUCGACAACGUCCUCGAGCUGGAUUCAACAGUCGCUCCUUGAAGGAUGCAUCUCUUGCAUAGGUGGCGGCGCCGAAUCACUACUGCAGAACUCAAGGGAAGUGCUCGUCGUUUACAUGGGCAGACUAACCGAUCACGAUCUUGAGCAACUUAUAUCAGUCUACGCCACAAUAAUGAAAGCGCUGCUCGUAGAAGCGACGCAUCUACACUCCGCUCUUGAGCUCCUCGCCUUCCUCCUCGACAUGCAAAUUGUACAACGUCUCGCCGGCUCCGCGACGUUCAAAUGGCGCAACCUCCUAUCCACGAUACAAAAGUCCCACCACAAAUCAAACGACAUUCCCAAGAUCCUCGCUGCCGUCCACGUCUAUCACGGUAUGGCUGAUAUCCCGAUGAUUCGCGGGGAAGUUUUGAAGAAGCUCAUCAGCAUGCUCAAAACGAAUCCAUACCCGCGAGUGCGUAUGACGGUGGCGGAGGUGCUGUAUAUGAUUACAAGAGCGGAGAUGUUAAGAGACCAUGACUGGGCCAAGCCUUCGUCGCAAUACGCGAGUGUAAUUGCGGAGUUGCAGAAAGAGAAAGAGCUUGGUUGA